UCCUUUAAUCAUUUGAUGUUGCGGGUGUAUUUGUCGGUGCGAUUAUUUUCGAAAAAACAAUUCAAAUUUGAUUUAACUUGAUCAAAAGUUCAUAUCGACUAAGAACUGAGCUGGAAAGUGGAAAGGACUUUUUGAUUAUUGCACGAAAUAGUACUAUUGUAUUGAAUACCCAAUGAUAGUACCUACUGAAGACAUCGGGGGUUCUAGCCAUAGACGCAAGCUAUGCUACCCGUAAUACAUUCAAGUGUAUUAGGUGCUGUAUACUCAAUGUUCCGCUGUUGAGCAAGAGCUUUCCUGAUGAUGAUGAGAGCGAGCUUCAGCGAACACCCUAUUGGAUAGGGAUAAAUUGGGGGGGGGUAGAUUCAUGCAGCACUCCAUGUGAUGUUUUUGAAUUUGACCUAGUGCGAUUUAGAUUUGCAACGCGCCUCGCAGAAGUCGUCGUCCGGUGUUCGAUCAAGUGUCAAGUGCAAUAAUAUGCAAAAAGACUGUUGAGGUCUGCAAUAUAUAUAUACAUUUUAAUAAUUAUUAUAAAAAUGGCAGACGAUAAUUUUAACAUGAGUGAACACAACGUAGAAUACCACUUGGUGACAAUUUUCGAAAAGUUAGAAAGUUUGAAAAAUAAUAAUGAUAGUUUGAAAAUUAAACCUUCAAAAAUACCGGUUAGAGUUGAAAUAAGGACCCUCGAAUUUUGGCGAUCAGUGAUAUCAGAAUGUAUGGCCAGUUUUGUAUACGUUUUCGUUGUUUGUGGAGCAGUUGCUGGAGCUGGUGUAGGAGCCUCAAUUUCUUCGAUGUUGCUAGCAACAGCCCUAGCUUCUGGUUUUGCGAUGACUUCUUUGACCCAAUGUUUUGGGCAUAUAUCAGGUGCACACGUUAAUCCUGCAGUUACAAUCGCGAUGGGUGUUACUAAACAUAUAACUAUGUUGCGAACCGCCUUAUACGUUAUUGCUCAAUGUGGGGGUGCGAUAGCAGGAACAGCAUUCUUGUACAGUGUGACGGUACCUGGAUACCAAGCGAAUCUAUCUGCAACUAUAAAUCAUUCCUCAAGUGUGGCGCCUUGGGAAAGGUUCGGUGUGGAAUUGAUCCUCACGUUCAUCGUUGUUUUUUCCUAUUUCGUUUCAAUGGAAACUUACAGAAAAUGGAUGAGUAGUUCGUCUCUCACCAUCGGAGCCACAUACUCGGCGUGUAGUUUCGUUUCCAUGCCAUAUUUGAAUCCUGCGAGAUCACUAGGCCCCUCGUUCGUUUUGAACCGUUGGGAUAGCCAUUGGGUGUACUGGAUGGGUCCUGUUAUCGGUGGAAUAGCAGCUGGAAUAACUUACGAAUAUAUAUUCAACCCCCAUCGGCAACGAAAACAUCUCAAAGAUACGCAGGAUGAAGAAUCCUCGAGCAUAAGAUCGGACGAAGAUGGCUACGACGAUUUGGACAAACCGAAUGUCCCAAAAUUUCAUGGGUCUACGUAUAAUAACUACAGGGGUAUUGGCAAUGGCCAUCCUGGUUAUUGCGCUAGCCUGGCAUCUGUAGGUUUGUACUCCGGACCCUCUAAACAACUUGAAAGGGUCGAAUCCUUAUACGGAGGAACCAAGUCUUUAUGUUGUAAAUCCCCGCCUCUCACCAGGGCAAACCUGAAUAGAUCUCAAUCGGUUUACGCUAAAUCCAACACUGGAAUAAAUCGGGAUGUUAUACCUAAACCUGGUCCUUUAGUUCCAGCACAAUCACUAUAUCCUAUGAGACUGAAUCAGACGAACGUUCAUAACCAAAAUAAUCAAAACCAAAUUCAGCAACACAAUGUCGAAGGCUUGUACGGUGUCAGAGGACCUCCGUCCGGUACCUCCAGAUCAGAUAAUUACUCGACCACCGAAAGAAUAAUGUACAGAAGCAACCAGAAUGAAGGCAGUGCCAAGUACGAAAGUAGUUCGAAGUACGAACAGAAUCCCAAGUACGAGGAAAAUUCGAAACCUUGCAGGAGUAAUCGACCAGAGUCGAUGUACGGUGUAGUCCCUUCGCAGCAACGUAGAGCUCAAUCGUCGAAUCAGAACGAGGAAAAUUGUUAUGCUUGGAACUACGGAACAGCUGGAAGAAACCAAAGUAACGCCAAUUAUCACAAUCCAGGACCGUCGUCGAAUUUUCCCGGGAAAGCACAAGUGGUCAGCAACGUUCCUAAUUAUAUGACGAGAAACGUGAUUGGAUCUGAAGUAAGACAGUCGCCUCCAAUUCAAGCUGGACCAAGCCAAGGUCCUCAGCAUUCGCCGAAUUCGCAAUACUGAUGUUUGUUUGUGUAAAACUGUUGAUUUUUGCUACAUAUCGAGUUUUUUUUUUGAACUCCAAUCGAAAACCAAAGAUGUAUGUUCGAGUUCAUCAUAUUUGUUGAGAAAUUGCGUAUUAGGCAAUGAAAUUUAUGUACAUAUUUUUAGAAACCGUUGACUGAGAAAUAAAUGGAUAGAAUCAAUGGAAUUACUUGUGAGAAAAGUAAUCUGCUUGAUGGGUCGUGUAUUAUAUUACUGUAUUAAUUGGCCUUAUGUGUAUAUUUGAUGCAAAUAUCUCUAAAUUCACAAUAAUUACAAAUAUAUACUGUAAUUUCUACUUUGGCUAAGUAACUAGUUGAUUAGAUUGUAAAUAUUAUUUAAUUUUUAGAACAUAAUAUUAGUUUUUAGGAGGAAAUUUAUCGAAAGGACGGUCCAACAUUUGAAGACCAGAAAAGUCUUGAAAAACGGAAGGGAACUGCCCUUGAAGAAUAAAUAUAAAUACACCACUUUCAUA